AUGGCGUCGGAACGAGACGAUGAGUGGACACCGCUUUUGCAGUCGAAAGAGACGAAGAGCCGAUGCAGGUUGUUCAGGGGGCGUCGUGCAAAAAGCGACGAGGGAACAGGAGGUCGGUCGGCGACCAAGAGUGCCGUCGGCAUAACCGAAAUCUUUCGAUAUGCUGAACGGUCUGACGUGCUUUUGAUGGCCGCCGGGACGCUGUUCGCCGUCAUACACGGAGCCGGAUGGCCAAUGCUGUCGAUGAUCAUUGGAGGAAUGACUAACACGUUCAUUCGUGCCGAGAACUCCAACUUCUCCUCGGCCAGCAGUUCGGUCGUAGACUCGACUUCCGGCAUCAACACCAACUACUCCGCCACCAACUUCACCAUCUCGCCUGAUCAGUUCAUCAGCGACGUGACGAAGUUUGCGGUUUACUAUGUUGCGGUCGGCGUUGUGAUAUUCGUCACCACCUUCCUUCAGGUCUCCUGUUGGAGCUACACCUGUGAACGACAGAUGUUCCGAAUCAGAAGAGAGUUUUUCCGCAGCGUCCUUCAUCUGGACGUUUCGUGGUACGACCGCCAUCCAUCCGGCGAACUCACGUCGAAGCUGAACGAUGACAUAGAACGGAUACGUGAGGGCAUCGGCGAUAAGUUCUCGCUAUUAAUUCAGUUUGUGGCAGCUUUUCUCUCCGGCUUUGUUAUUGGCUUCGUUUACAACUGGCGACUUACUCUGGUCAUGCUCUCGUUGACGCCAUUUUUGGCCGGCAGC